AUUUUUUUUUCUCCAUCUCCUCACCAUCGCGUUCACCUGUAAAAUGCCUGGAACGACAACAGACAAUAUCGACGAUAUUGAUUACUCAGACAUAGAGGCAAAAUAUCGUGUAGAAUACGAUGACAGUUUCGACAACACACUCAUCGUUGACAAUAUUCCACUAAUUGACAAGUCAAAGCUCGAGAAGCUUUUGGUGAAAAUAUGCAAAGAAUUCUCUCGCAAAGGUGCUUCAAUCAAACCAGACGAUAUCGUCAUGCCUUGGGACGACUCAACUGGGAAGAAUAAAGGCUAUCUCUUCAUCGACUUUCGAAAUGCAGAUGAGGCUAAUCUUGCACUUACGGCCAUGAACAACCAUCCUUUCGAUUCCAAACAUACCUUCAACGUUAACCGUUUCACCGACGUAGAAAAAUAUGCAGAAAUGGAUGAAACUUACGUCGAACCCGAGAAUGAAGAGUUUAUUCCCAGAGAACAUCUCAGGUCCUGGUUAGCUGAUCCUCAAGGCCGUGAUCAGUACGUCAUCUACCGGGCAGAGGAGGUUGAGAUUCAUUGGCAUGGAAAACCCUCUCAGUGUGAACUUGCCCAUAAACCAGGCUGGGGUGGCUUUUUGUAUGUGGCGUGGUCUCCCCUCGGAACUUAUAUGGCCACGCUUCAUAAGCAAGGUGUUCGUCUAUGGGGAGGUGAGAACUGGAGCCCACAGCAGCGAUUUGCACACCCGUUCGUUAAGCUCAUCGAUUUCUCACCCUGCGAGCAACACCUUGUCACCUGGUCCAACGAGCCCAUACAUGUCCCUGAAGGUGCACUUCAAGGGCCUCAAUACUUCUCACCGGAAGACGAGGGGAAUAACAUUGCAGUUUGGGAUAUCAGAACCGGCCAUCUCCUUCGUACUUUCUCUACAGGUCCCGAGCACGAUACCCCGGUCAACGGGGUUAAAAGGCAAAUGCAGUGGCCAGCAUUGAAAUGGAGUCCCGACGACAAGUUUGUCGCGCGAGUAACUUCGGGUCAGAUGAUUAGUGCCUACGAACUGCCGGGUAUGGGCCUUCAUGGGAAGAAAAGCUUGAAGAUUGAUGGUGUUGUCGACUUUGAGUGGUGCCCCUUCAGUGACAAAGAUAGGGAUGAGUUCGAGAAGGCAACGACUAACGGAACCGGUAGCAAAGGCGGCAAGAAGGCUCCCGAGAACAUGUUGGUUUACUGGACCCCCGAAGUAUCCAAUCAGCCCGCGCGAGUUACACUCCUUAGCUUCCCAAGCCGGACUAUCCUUCGACAAAAGAACCUCUUUAAUGUUUCUGAGUGCAAGCUGUAUUGGCAGAAUCAAGGAGAUUUCCUUUGUGUCAAGGUAGACCGACAUACGAAAACAAAAAAGUCAAUCUUCUGUAACUUGGAGAUAUUUAGAGUUCGCGAGAAGGACUUCCCGGUUGAAGUUGUGGAACUAAAGGAUACCGUGACUGACUUUUCAUGGGAACCGAAGGGUGAACGAUUUGCCAUCGUCUCUACCAGUGAUCCCAACCUUGGAAAUUCGGGUGCUGGGAUUACAAUCAAAACUGACGUCAGUUUCUAUCAACUGGACCAUGGCAAAAAUGACUUCAAGCUACUGAAAACUUUAACAAACCGUACAAGUAACGCCAUCCGAUGGUCCCCUCGCGGUCGCCAUGUCGUCCUUGCUACGGUUGGUUCAUCGACGAAGUCGGAACUAGAGUUUUGGGAUCUUGACUUCAAUCGUGAAGAUGCUGCCCGUGGAGAAGGCCAAGUAGCAAAAGAAGAUUGGGGCAAUAGUAUUCAACAUCUCGGAACAGCCGAUCAUUACGGUGUGACAGACGUGGAAUGGGAUCCCAGUGGGCGUUAUCUAGCGACCAGUGCGAGCGCGUGGACGCACACGCUCGAAAACGGUUACGCAAUAUGGGACUUCCGCGGGCAGGAACUAAUGAAACAAAUUCAAGAUCGUUUUAAACAGUUCAUCUGGCGGCCUCGUCCCCGCACGCUUCUGACCAAGGAGCAACAGAAGCAAAUACGCAAGAACCUGCGAGAAUACAGCCGUGCUUUCGAUGAGGAAGAUCAACGGGAAAGUGAGACCGUGAACACUGAGCAACUCGCUCUACGCCGCAGACUUGUCGAUGAGUGGAACGCUUGGCGGGCUCGUUGCAAGAAAGACCUUGCCGAGCAGCGGUUGGAAAAGUCCCAAGAUCUAGAAUCGGAGGAGGACAAAGAGGAAAUUGAGGUGUGGGUUGAAGAUGUGAUUGAAACGAUUGAGGAGGAAGUAGCCGAAUGAGGAUAUCAUGGUGCUCACACCACCGCGUUGUGUACCUUGUAUGUGUGUAAAUGACUCCCAUGCGAAAAUUGAGUUGUGAUUGCUAUCGACUC